AUGACAUCUGGCGAGCGCCAACUACGGGAGAAGUUGCGGGAGUGGCAUGAACUUCAGAUGGUGGAGGAAGGUCUUGACAGUGACGUCUUUUUUGGUCCUCAAGUCAUCCUGUUGAACAAAACUCUCGAUCAGAUUGGCGACUUAGCAUACGCGCUCAAGCUUCCUGAUACCACUUCCCUCUGUCAGCAAACUGACUGGUGCUACGCAAAUGAGUAUGGCACCAAAAUCAUCGACAUAGUCCUGGCGUGUAUACCUGCCCAUCCAACACCAGCACUAGCACCCUCAACACGACAAAAUGAGUCAACACCUGGUCCACCUCAGCCUGCAGCUCCGUCAAAAUGGCAGAAUCAUUGUGGGGCAUGUCUAGGAAUGGGGCAC